CCUGUUCACAGUGAAAUCUCCAUUUAGUUUUGUUGUUUUUUCUCUAAAUGGCACUUGAGGCUGACCUGUCGUGUCCCGUGUGUACUGAGCUCUUCAGUGAUCCUGUGUUGUUGAGCUGUGGUCACAGUUUCUGCUGUCAGUGCAUCAAUGAUCACUGGACCUCCAGUAGAUCCAGAAACUGUCCCAUCUGUCGACAGGUGUCACCGCAGCCACCGGUGUCCAAUCUGGGCUUGAGGAACACCUGUGAGUCUUACCUGAGAGAGCAAAACACGAAGAAGAAGAAGAAGGAGGAUGGAGGACUGGAGUGUCAGAUUCAUGAAGAGAAAAUUGAGCUGUUCUGUCAAACAGAUGGACAGGUUUUAUGUGCAACAUGUAAGAAACAUGAGCAUGGAUGGCACGAAACACAGCCACUACAACAGGCUGUACGACAACGAAAGGGGAAGCUGAAAGCAGCUCUUCGUUCUGCUGAGAAUAUGUUGUCGUCAUUACGGAAUGGUGCAGCGCCACAUGCCAAGAUCUCUAGAUACAAUCAGUUUCAAGCUCAGCAGACAGAGAGAAGAAUCAGGGAGGAGUUUAAGACACUCCAUCAGUUUCUCAAAAAGGAGGAGGAGAGCAGGAUAGCAGCUCUAAAUGAAGAGGAGAAAGAAAAGAGCGAACCGAUGAAGAGCAAAAUACAUUCACUCUCAGAUCAACUCCGAGAUGUGGAGGAGGCAAUGAAGGAUGAUGACAUCACCUUUCUUCAGAAUUAUAACAGCAUUAUUAACAGAGCUAAAAUCACAAUUCCACAUACAGACGUGAGUCCAGAAGCUCUAAUUAAUGUUCCCAAACAUCUGGGCAACUUGAAGUACCAAGUGUGGGAGAAGAUGAAGGACAUCUGCCCUUACUACCCCGUGAUCCUGAACCCAAACACAGCUCCACCAGACAUAUCCAUGUCAAAUAAUCUGACCUGUGUGAGCUCAUGUCUCCGUCGGCAGGACGAGGCCAACCCUCUUCCUCUGCACUGGAACCAUAUGGUGAUGGGAAGUGUAGGAUACGGUAGUGGUGUUCACACAUGGGAAAUUGAGGUGGGAAACAGUUGCCACUGGACACUCGGAGUGUGUUUUGGAUCAUUAGAAGGAUCUUUUCUGCAAAUUGUGAACCCUGCAAACCCCUGCUUGUGGGGUAUCAAACGAAAGGGAGAAGUGUAUAGUUUCCUAAACACUCAGAUAAACUUUGUGAUGACGAAACAUCCCCAAGUAAUACGAGUGAAGCUAGAGGACUGUUAUGACAAGAAGGGAGGAUGGUGGAGGAAUGUGAGCUAUUUUGAUGCUGCUUGCAAUUGCCUUUUGGGAAUGACUUCUCAUCUGCCGGCAGGGAUAGAGCUCUAUCCAUUCGUGAUCCCAGAAAAGCGCUCCGGUCCGCUGCGUGUCGUCCCAGCUAAAAUUACUCUGACAACUGAACAGGUUGAACAGGAAAGAUCUUUCCUGGAGAGACAUAGAUUCUUCUUGUUUCUGUUAGUAGUGUUCUUAUUUCUGGUGCUGUGUUUUUUCAUAAUAUAUCGUCUGAUAUACUGAGUACUAACUGUUUGUGACUCGUCAUUGCUUUUAGCACUGUCAGUAGUAGCCUGCUAAUCAUAACAGAAGCGAUUAAAAGGCUUUUAUAUUGUCGAGAAGAGUCCGACAUAUGAGAUGAACUUUACUGAUAAAUUUCUGCCAAAAGAACCACAUAAAGCAAAAGAACUUAGGGUUGAUAUGGUUGAUUUGAUUGCUCAAGGUUUGCAAAAAAAGCAAGACAAAAUCUCGAAGAAGCAAGCCAAAAAGGAGAAGAAGAACCACUAGGAUGGAAAGAAUGAAGAUGGAUUCCAAGGGCAAAGAGAUGAUUAAAUUACUGAGGCAGCAACAGAAAAUUAAUCUGAAAUUGAUUAUGCUUAUAAAACAAUCAUAUGCUUUGAGUACUUUUAUGGGUGAAAUGGAACAGAUUACAAACGAGGUUGAAGCUUUGACAAUGGAAGCUUCGGCGCCGGUUGUAUCUGAAAAUUGUGUUUAAGGGAUAAAAGGUUAAAAUGAUGUCUAAACAGAAGUGUUAAUCGAAACUAACCGAGAUGUAUGUUUUUAUUUUAACUAGAAGUGUUAAAGGGAACUAAUGUGAAGGUCUUAAGUUCAAGUGAUUAAAAUGUGUCAAAAUUCGUAGAAUGUGACGCAGACUACAAAAGGUGUUGUUUGGCAGGUUGCAGCUGAACUUUGUAUCUUAUACUUUGCAUGAAACAGGAAACAGUGAAGUAUUAGGGGCUGUACUCAUGUUUACAAAUAAGGAAAUGUUUAUGUUGGGUAAAGGAUGUGAUCUUUGGAGACUAUAUAUUGAGAACAUUGUAACAGAAGGUUGCCACACCUCGGGUGAAGACUUUCUCGUCUUUAUGUUCUGUUUUUUAUUCUGUAUCUUGUUAUUAAACCGAAACCAUUGUAUUUGGUGAUUCGUAAUCCUCUCUAUAACAAGUCUCAGAGUGAAUUACUUUUACAUGAACUAUUAUCAAUACUUGCAAUUAAAUUACUUCCAUCGAGCUUCAAGAGCAUCGGAUCCUGAGUGAGCUGGUGCGGACUCCACCUUGAAAUCUCUAAUUGUCGUGCAACGCUCUCAAUCCAACUAAUCGGAAGGUAAGGCCAAAUCUUUUGAUGCAGAAAAGGAUUGUAGAGAUGUGUGUUUGAAAAGUUAGUGAUUGAG